ACAAACAUGGCGGACAGCUGGCAGCUCUGCAGCUCGUUCAACAUGUUUAUUUAAAAAUAUAAAAGAAAAUAUAUUAAACCGACCUGCACGUGAACAAUGUGCGCUUCAUUACAGGCGGAACUCUGCGUCUCUUUGGUUCUCGUCGGACACGUCUAAUGCGACACCAGCAGCUUUAGCGAGUAGGUUACCACGGCAACGAAGCUAGCUUUUAGCUCAGUUCCGUGGCUUUCUUUUUUAAAGACGGUGUUCCUUGAAAACAUUUUAUAUAUUUUAGAUUUUCUUACACGCCGAAUCAAAGUACAUUCAUGUAUGUUUUGAAGUACUAAGACCUGUAGUCCAGGAUCCAGACUCCUUGAUGGAUAUGGACCAGUACAAUAUUCUGGGUCGGAUUGGAGAAGGAGCUCACGGCAUCGUCUUCAAGGCCAAACAUAUCGAGACAGGAGAGACGGUGGCUCUGAAGAAAGUGGCUCUGAGGCGGCUGGAGGACGGCAUCCCCAACCAGGCCCUCAGGGAGAUCAAGGCCCUGCAGGAGAUCGAGGACAACCAGCAUGUGGUGAAGCUGAAGGACGUCUUCCCUCACGGGACGGGCUUCGUCCUGGUGUUUGACUUCAUGCUGUCCGACCUCUCUGAGGUCAUCAGGAAUUCCCAGCGACCUUUGACCCCGGCUCAGGUCAAAGGUUACAUGAUGAUGCUGCUGACAGGCGUGACCUUCCUGCACCACAACAACAUCAUGCACCGAGACCUGAAGCCAGCCAACCUCCUCAUCAGCUCUUCAGGUCAUCUGAAGAUUGCAGACUUCGGGUUGGCCAGAUUGUUCAGUGAGCAGGAAGAGAGACUGUACAGCCACCAGGUGGCCACCAGGUGGUAUAGAGCACCUGAGCUGCUGUACGGAGCCAGAAAGUACGACGAGGGAGUCGACCUGUGGGCGGUGGGCUGCAUCUUCGGGGAGCUGCUGAACUCGUCUCCUCUGUUUCCUGGAGAAAACGACAUCGAGCAGCUGUGCUGUGUCCUCCGAGUGCUGGGGACCCCCACGGCGGACACCUGGCCCUGUGUUCCAGAGCCUGUGGGUGAGCUGAGGAUGAGCUGUUCUCUCUGGUCAGGCCGACUGCCAGAGAAGGACACAAGGUUUGGUGCUUCAGGGCCUUCAUGCAAAGUGAGGGACAUGGGGCACUAUGAGAUCGUCGAAUUGCCAGAUUACAAUAAAAUCACCUUCAAGGAGAAUCCAGCGAUCCCAUUGGAGGAGAUCGUCCCGGACACGCCCCCUCAGGCCGUCGACCUGCUCUACCAGUUCCUGGUUUAUCCGUCCAAUCAGCGCUGCUCUGCCAGAAAGGCUCUCCUCCAUCCCUUCUUCUUCUCCUCUCCUCUUCCUGCUCACCACUCAGAGCUUCCCAUCCCUCAGAGGGGGGGUCGACCCCACCGCCAGCGGCUGCAAGCUCCGCCCACCGACUUCUCCGUGGACCUGCCCCUGCAGAACAGCGUGGUAGACCCCACACUGCUGCGGGGUCACGUGUCCCGAUGAGUCUUUGGUUCAUGAAACUCAGACAGGAAGUUGACCUUCGUGUGUUUCCUGUUGCUCUUCACUCAAGUUUACAAAAUAGUAAACAAACAACAUGGAAGAUGGUAAAGAGAGACGAUGGUUUAAGACAUUAACUUGUGAACGAUUAGAGAUUAUCUUUACCUUCCAUUCAACGUGUUUCAUAUUUAAUCACUGAGGUUUCAUGUUAGUCAGCGAAAUAUGUUUUAAACUUUAUUUACUAUUAUAUGGAAAGAAACGAUAUGUAAUAAAAGUCUCCACGUUUAUUUUA